UCUUUGUCGCUGCCGCCUGUCGCCCGCGAAGCAGCCGAGGCGGGCCCGGCCCGCUGGCCCAGAGCCCGCGGAGGGAGGAGGCGACGGCUCCUCCCCGCGCCCUGCCCUCCCCUCCCGCCCGGCAGCCGGUGCGGGCAGCUCAUGGGGCCGGGCGGCGCGGUGAGCCGGGCGCCCAGCGCACGCCGAGGCAGCCGGGCGGGAUGCUGGCGGCCGCGGCCCUGUGCGCCGCGGCGCUGGGCUGGGCGGCGGCGGCACGGCUGCGCAGCGGACAGACAGUUUGCCGGGGUGGAACACAGCAACCAUGCUACAAAAUAGUUUAUUUUCAUGAUGCUUCACGCAGGAUCAGCUAUGAAGAAGCAGACCGUGCCUGCAGAGCUGAUGGCGGACAUCUAGUCAGUAUUGAAACAGAAGCAGAGCAAAGACUGAUUGAAAAAUUUGUUGAGAGUCUCUUAGCUUCUGAUGGAGAUUUUUGGAUAGGACUUAGGAGGAAAAAGGAGGAGGUAGACAACAGUACACAGUGUCAGAACCUCUACUCCUGGUCAGAUGGCAGCUCAUCCAAGUUCAGGAACUGGUAUGUAGAUGAGCCAUCCUGUGGGAGUGAAAUCUGUGUUGUGAUGUACCACCAGCCAUCUGCCCCACCAGGAGUUGGAGGUCCUUACAUGUUUCAAUGGAACGAUGACAGAUGCAACAUGAAAAAUAACUUCAUUUGCAAAUAUUCUCUUGAGAAGCCAACAAAUGCUCCAAUAGAGAAUUCUCAAAAAGAUGUUGCAACAGAGCCCUUCAACCCAGUAUUCCCAGUAAAACACCAUAAGAAAGAUGCUAAUGUAACAGUUGUAGAAGCCAAAGAACCUGUUCAGAGUCUUGCCUACAUCCUUAUUCCCAGUGUUCCUGUGCUGCUUCUCCUGGUGGUCAUUACAGCCAUCUUCUGGCUUUGGCUUUGUGCAAAGAGGAGACGGGAGCCAACAGAUGUAAGCCCGAAGGAGGAAGAUGCAUGGCUGUCUAACCCCAGGAGGAACAGUCCAAACCUGGAUAUUUACAAAGUAAUCAAGAAGCAAUCAGAAGCAGAUCUGGCUGGAACCAGGCCUGACACUAAGAAUUCUUCCUUCCGUACGCAGGAAGAUAAGGUGCUUGACAGCUUCUCCAGGGAUUAUGAUGAUGUGGCAAUGAAUACAUCAACAAGUGGCUUUGUGACAUUGGCCAAUACUGAAAGUGGCUUUGUGACCAAUGAUAUCUAUGAGCUGUGUGGAGAUCAUGUGGGGAGGAGCAAGGAAUCAGCCUGGGUGGAGAAUGAGAUUUAUGGAUAUUAAGGAAAUGGACAAAAAAAGCCUGGAGUAUGGAUGACGAAGUGAAUAUCAAUACAAGUUAACUUGCCCUCCCUAUGCACUUGUUUUAAUAAUAGUAUACGUGCUAUUUAUCCUGGGUGUGCAUUGUCCCUAUAUUCUUCUCUUUUUUUGAAAGAAUAUGGGGUUUUAAAGAUCUAAACUGAAAAGAAUGUAUGUAUUUUGCUUCGCAUCAAGACCAGUUCUGUCCCAGGAAUGACUUGUUAAUACUCUUGAUUCUUUUUUGUACUCCAAAGAUAUGCCUUUGAAAUUGAAAUACAAUCCAAAAUCCCCAUUUAAGUGACCUACUCGCAUUCAAAGGUAUUAAAAGUCAAUCACUGGUCACACUUGGAUUCUCAUAGGUGUCCCCAAGAAAGCUGCCAUGGUUGCAGGUUGGUCGUUGUUUCCAUGUCAGCCCAUAUCCCAGCUAUGUUGGCCUCCCUCACCAUCUGCUUAUGACAGUCUCAGACACUUCACAAGACAGAUUGUAAUGUGGUUUCUGCUUCUUUCCCUCCCUCCUAGUUCUUACUGCCCAAGGCAGUGUAUGUGAGUCACAUCACAUAACUGUGCGUUACUUACGCCAUUAGGUUGGUUUUCAAAAAAUCCAAGUAAGUGCUCUGGUGUCAUAAGGCUAACUGUUCCUUCACUUAGCGUCUAGCAAAAGGAAUUGCAAAGCAAGGAGCAAGGGAUUUCUCUGCAAUGCUAAAGUAAGGGAAUGGGGUGCUCCAAAGCGUUCUGAUUUGUCUCGGGAAUUACAGCAGCCUGGUUAGCUGUCCAGAGAUGUACUAAUUUGGCCUAAAUGACAAAUUGAGUACCAAUUCCUUUCUUGUAGAAGGAAUAGCCAGUUGCAGUUUUAUUCUAGAUCUUUUUCCCCCCUUGGGAUUGUGACUUGUACUGAAUCCCAUGAAGACUGAUAUCCUGAUGUUAAUCUCCAUAGAGAUGGAAUUUAUGAAAAGGUAGGUGAACAUAAAGAAUUUGAUUAAGAACAGCAUUUUGGCAGGUAAACUAAAGUAUCAUGCUAAUCAAUUGUAAUAAAUUAUCUGUUUUCUAUCUGCAGGGACUUCACAUAUUCCCGUACAUAUAUUAAGUAUUAAGUAAGGUACUUAGGAUAGCUCACAGAAUUUCCUCUCUGACAGUAUGAGGGAAUGAUAUCUUACUUUACCACAGUUUUUACGGCAUCAUUUUGAAGUCAGUAUUAGAUAGCUCCCAUUUUUCUGCACCUUUGGAGGAGCAGAAAUGAAUAGCAGUAGGGCAUAGCAACUGCUACAUGACUAAAUAUAAAGUCAGGUGAAAUGAGAAUUUUCCUGUAGAUAUGGGGAACAAGCAAGAAUAUGAAGCAACAGCAUUUGGACAGAAUUCAUGGUCUGCAGUUCAGUGGUUGACUUCUAAGGGAAAGAGAUGAUCCUUCACACUAAGGGGUUUUUUUCAGAUCAUUAUCUCUCUUUCUCUGUUAUUUGCAGCACAUUUAAUAAAGUUGUUAGGGAGAUAGAAGAAAUCAAGAAUAUGCAUUUGCUAUGGAAGUGAUAUAAAGGACCUGUCCAAAUGUCUGCAGAAGCAACUUCAGACUGGAAUUUUAUCCUCUCUAAGGUGUAUAAGGAACCAGAGCAGGUGUUGUGGUUUAACUCCAGCCAGCAACUAAGCACCACACAGCUGUUCAUCUCACCCCCAGUGGGGUGGGGGAGAGAAUUGGAAGGUCAAAAGUAAGAAAACUCAUGGGCUGAGAUAAGAGCAGUUUAAUAAUUGAAAUAAGAUAAUAAUAAUUAUAAUAAUAAAUUGUAGUGAGAAGGAAAACAAGAAAAAAUAAGAACAAAGCCCAGGAAAAACAAGUGAUGCAACUGCUCACCACUUGCUGAUCAGUGCCCAGCCAGUCCCUGAGCAGUGAUUGCUGCCUCCUGGCCAACUCCCCCCGGUUUAUAUACUGAACAUAACACCAUAUGGUAUGGAAUAUCCCUUUGGCCAGCUUGGGUCAGUUGUCCUGGCUAUGCUCCCUCUCAGCUUGUGCACCUGGCAGAGCAUGAGAAGCUGAAAAAUUCCUUGACUAGUGUAAGCACUAAGACAUCGGUGUGUUAUCAACGUUAUUCUCGUACUAAAUUUAAAACAUAGCGCUAUACCAGCUACUAGGAAGAAAACUAACUCUCUCCCAGCCAAAGUCAGGACAGCAGGCUAACAGGAUAUUCUAAGAGUUGCACUGAAUGUAAUUUCUCUUUAUUGAACAAAGAAUAUAUGGUUAUUUUAACCAACUCUACAUACAUAUGAGAUUUCUGCUGUAGGAAGUUAAAAACAGCUGUGAUGAACUAUUCCAAGAUAAACUGAAUUUAACUUGGUCAUUGGUAUAGGUAUGUUUUAAGGCCCUUCGAAGCACACUUCAGGAGAUCACUUGCAUCACAAGAAUAAGGAAUUUAUAUUGGAAAAGAGAGAAGGGUGGUCACGUGCGUCUUUUUUCACAGCACUGUCUUUUCUGCUAGGGAGGAUAAUGUCAUUUAUCACUGAGAAUGCAGAAGGACAACUAAAUGACAAGUUGAGUGCCUAGCAUUUUCUUUAAACUGUACUUGCUUAUCUGUGGUUUGGUGAAGAGAUACCUACAGUUAUCCACAGCAAGUUGGAUACCACACAACUUUACUUGGAAUCAAUAAGGUACAGAAUUGGCCUAUCAGCAUAGAUGCUUAAAUAACUAGAUGUCUUUGAUUUUUAAUUAAUCACAUGGCCAAGUUUUCAUCUUCCAUGCAUUAGAUAGAUCACAUUCCAGCAUCUCCCAUAUGAGCUUGUAAUUUCCUAUGCCAUGUAGUACAGAGAACAUCACUGUAUAUGUUUGCUGAGAAGCAACAGCAAAGGGAACUCAGAAGCAGUACUGACAACUUGGGAUUGUGAUUAACUUGGUUUUUGCUAGGACUUUCUGAUACAUAUUUUGUUCAUGAGAUGUGAUCAGAUCAAUGUUUUUUUCACAGUUAUAAGUACUUGACCUUCAUAGGAGGUUGGAGCUAACUGCCAUGGCAAGGUCUCUGCACUGUUGCAUAUGUCAGUGCAGCUAAGUGUAACAGGAGUUUGGAUAAAAACUGAGAUUCACAUUGACUUGAAUAUGCUCAGGGCAAAAUCCCAUGUGCUGCUGGAUAUGGGCUUGCUUUAGCUGAAUUCCAUUGUAAAAGUUUACUGGAAGUUGGAGGUACUUGCAGUUGCUAAGGCUUUUGGAAAGGAAUAGGAACGGAAUUUGUAUUUGUCAAAUAAGCACAUGAUCUGGUUCCAUAAAGGACUACUUUCUGUAAAAUGUUUGAUGUUAAUACUGAGAUCUGCAAAACUGAAAAUAAAUUUACAAAUAUAAGAUUCACCCUGCUGAAAUGAACAGGCACCAUCCAUUCCCGUGCUCCUCAGCUGCUUCAGGCUAUAGACCGACAACAUGGCAUUGUUUUGCACUUUCUGCUUUUUAAAGGUGUGUGUCCUUACCUGAACACAUUGGUGCUACAUGGACAUGUAGAGUCUGGAGCCCAAGUUCUGCAGCAAAUGGUAGAUUCUAAGGCAAAGUCAGUGGCCACGAAGCAAUGAUAGCAGCAGUACGGCCUCCAGCUGUUAAUACUGAAGUAAUGAAUACGCUUUGAGGUUUGCAUUCAGAGCUGUACAGCUUCUUGCCAAGGAUCUUUGCACGUUUGUAGCUGUAUAGUAGAAAGCACUGCGAAGGUAGGCCAUUAAGAUUUAUCUGUCCUGUCUGAUCUGAUAUCUCAGCUGUUCCAUACAUUAGUUUAUAUAUUCUCAAGGCAAACAUGUUCAGCUUUGAGUAAACCAGCACAUUUUGCUUGUCUGUUUUCAAUUAUUCCAGCAAUGGAGCUGUUCCUUAAAACUGGAGUUUUAUUUGGUUGUAUCCCAUUGAACUGAGAAAGAAGUGGGAGUGCUACAUAGAGAACCAAGUAUGUUGAACGGUUGAAUGUUGGGAAGCUGGACAUCUGCACUGAAGACAAGAAAGCAUUUAGGACAUUAACAUGUAUCUGGGGCCAUUUGAAUUCAGCUCUGUACUCUGUCUCAGUCUUAUCUUAAAUACCGAGUGUCUCAGUCCCACGUGAAAAACAGAAAUAACAGCAUUUCACGGGCUACCGGGGGUGCCUGGAAACUAAAAAUGAGUGACUCUUAAGUGAUUUUUAAACUACAGUAAUGAGGCCUUGUAAAUGACAAAAUUUUAAUUAUAUUGUCCAGCAGAUCUGUGCAGCAAUUUUGAAGCAUGUCAAGACUAAGUCAUGUACAAAAAUUUAUUUGAUUAAAGAUAUGGUUUGGUUGAGGAGUUCUGGUACCUGGUCCUCUGUAUAGCAAAUAAUCUUUUUUACUUAUUCUGUCAGAUUGUGUUUGACUUUUUCACAAGCCAAAUUAAAAUAGUAAAUGCCUGUU